AUGACGUUCUGGUUUUUGGUCUGCGUUCUGGUGACCUUAAAUUCGACCUGGCCCACGGCCGCCGAAGUCGCUUCCGCAUCGACGUUUCAGACGUUUCAGUUUCUGGAGCGACCCAUCGCCGAUCGCGAUCAGGGCUGGACCCACCUCCUGCCCACCAACUUUUACUCCGAGAUGAACCAGCAGUACUACAGGCGAUUUAGGAGACGGGCUGGGCUGAUGCUGACCAACGGACUUGGAGCGGGAAAACGGCGGCAAUACCCAUUUGAAUACGCUCGAUAUGUCUGAAAAUAAAUGCAUCUAAAGCAAUUAAAUGUCUCGGGGAAAUAAGUAAAAAUUUAUAUAGUAUGGAUAGAUUUAUUUAUUUUAAAAGCUGUUCACAAAUUUGAUUUUAUCGUUUUGGUAUAGCCUCGAAAAUAUCAAGAAAAAUUAAGAAAAAUUUUAAACGUUGUAUUGAAAAUAUAUUUUUAAAUCGUAAAAACAUCCUUAUCUCGAACUUUAUUCGUGUAUGCUAUGAAACAGAGAAGUUAUAACAAUCGUUCAUUUAUUUCUAGAAAAAUUGCCAAAAUUUGUAGGAAAAUUGGUUUUAUUUAUAUUUAUUAUUUAUUUAAAUCCUUAUUUUAUUAGCACAACCUUUUAAAUCUUAUUUGAGG